AUGAGAGAUUCUGUAUCGGAAACUGAUUGGGGAAUGCAAUUGCAUGAAGGCUUUGUUGCCAUGUUGGAAUCUGGUUUAUUUUGUAAAGUUCUCUUGAAUUUUAGGUGGACUAAGCUUUCAGAAGCUAUGGCAAAAUUACUAACGAAAGAAUCUAAAUGUUUGGAUUUAAUUUCACAAUUGGAAGUUUUUGAUUGUGUUGGGCGGGCAGAAUCAUUAAUUUUGAACGCAAAUUGGAAACAACUUUCAGUAUUAACAUUUUCGCAUAAGAGCACGAUUCCAGCAAAGAAACAAGAAAACCAAUUGGUAGAUUUUACAAAAAUUGUAAAUUUGGAAGUAUUUGAAAUGGGAGAGAAUAUUAGAUUUGAAUUUCCAAGGAACAAAGAGCAUUAUUUCCAAUUUGAAAGAAUUGAAACUUGCAAGACAUGA